AUGACUUUCAACGUCGGCCUUGGAACUGAAGGCUCAGUUGAGCGCGGAUGGGGACUUUGGCUCACCAGUGUCCUAUCUGUUAUUAUCGCCGGUCUUUUCGUCAGCGCACGUCUAGCGCAGCGAUUCAUCAAGAGUAGCGGCCUGGGAAUGGACGACUACAUGAUCAUCGCCGCCUUACUUUCAUCAGUUUUACUCUCUGUAACAGAGUGUCAAGCUGUGGUAUAUGGCUACGGGAGACAUUGGAAAGAUCUACCUGCCGACUCCCGCGUUAUUGCUCGCAAAUGGUUCUAUGGAGCGAAUAUUGUUUACAAAGUCGUUCUCAUGUUCAACAAGAUCUCUGUGGUUUGCCUGUACUACCGAAUCUUCGCCAUCACCACAAAGUCUUUCCGUAUUGCCUGUCAUAUCAUGAACGCUUGGGUCAUCAUGACCGGUUUUGCUUUUACUAUCGCAACGGUUUUCCAAUGUACGCCAAUCGCCGCAUUCUGGGACAAAACCAUAUCUGGAGCCAGAUGUUUCAAGAAUGAACCCUGGUGGAUUUCCUAUGCCACUGUUCAAAUUACAACCGACUUCAUGCUCCUUGCAAUGCCUUUUCGAAGAAUCCUAGGACUCUCCAUGGGACGAGCCGAGAAGUUGGGUGUGGCACUUGUUUUCGGUACGGGUGGCUUUGUCACUUUUGCGUCUAUCUAUCGUGCAACUACAAUCGCCAGGUCCGCAAACGAUCCCGAUCCGACCUGGGGCCCUGUUCCUGCUACAAUAUGGUCAGUGAUAGAAGCCAACGCUGGUAUCAUAUGUGCCUGUCUCCCCAUGCUCCGCGCUCCAUUCGUCCGCCUCUUUGGACCACUUUUUGGUUCGGUAGCCACCAAGGCCACCUCGAAGCGGCGGUCGUACCCCAUGGACUGGAAGAGCAACCACGGGCCAGCUGGCACUGGAAAUAAGAGUAAGGUAUCUGGUAAAAGUGCAUCUGAGCGCGAAAGCGAAGAUGAUGCAUUGCCACCAAGUAGACCGAGUGAGCUCGGCCGCCGGGGCAGUGGCAUCUUUGUCACGAACGAGUUCAGUAUUGAGCGCAACGAGUUACAAAAGCAAGAGACAGAGACACGGUCGUGCGAACAAGAUGGCGACACUAACACUGCGCUGAGUGUGAACGAGGACAGGCCAGGUGGCAAGAGUCCCUUCUACCACGUCUAA